CCUUCAAAAACCCCAUUCCCAUGUCAAGGGUUAGAGCUCCAAAUCACAUCUCUCUCUCUCUAGAUAUUAUUUAUGGAGCAUGAUCAGGAAGAAGAAGCUCUAUUUCAUUCAUACCCUUGUCCAUACUACGUGCAAAGCCCAUCCGCCAUCUCCCAUUCCAACAGCGCGGAUAUUCGAAACACCAUCCUGGAAUCCGAAUUUCACUCCCCAACACGACCCAAUCCAGCAAACCGGACUCUCCACGAAGAGGCCUCUCGCUCCACUCUAUCACGCUACUCGUCCUCUCGUGGAUCCAGUCACUCAUUCCAGCACCAAAAAAGGAUCUCCUUUGAUGCACGUAGUAACGGCACAGGGACCGAUAAUUGCAAAAACCGUUUGGUUAUUGUCGUCAAAGGUGGUGGUUGUGGCAAUGGCGGUGAUGAUCACGGUGACAAUGAAGAUGAUGAGGAGGAGUAUUGUUAUGGGCUGGAGAACAGAUCGGGGUGGUGGAAGAGGAAUUGUUCAUAUCGAAAUUCUGAUUCGUUUGCAUGGAUAUUUUUGCAAAUAAGUUGGAGGGCUGUGUUGAGUUUGUGUAUUGCACUGCUUGUGUUUUACGUUGCUACAAAGCCCCCACCACCCAAAGUGUCUAUUCAGAUGGCAGGAAUUGGCCAAUUUGGGCUUGGGGAAGGAGUGGAUGGCUCGGGUGUCACGACUAAGUUCCUUACCAGCAAUUGUUCUAUAAAUCUCAUAAUAGAGAACAAGUCUAAGCUCUUCGGCCUCCACAUUCGUCCUCCAACAAUGGAAAUGUGCUUCGGACGGCUACCUUUUGCACAAUCACAUGGACCAAAGCUAUAUGCUGAGAGUGGGUCAUCAAAGUUCAAGUUAUAUGUUGGAACAAGGAAUAAGCCUAUGUAUGGUGCCGGAAGAAGCAUGGACGACAUGCUCGAGUCCGGGAAGGGUUUGCCGUUGGUGCUUCGUGUGAGAGUGCGCUCAAGUUUUCGGGUCGUUUGGAAUCUCAUAAAACCUAAAUUUCAUCACCAAGCAGAAUGUUUUUUGGUCGUUGAAAGGGCGUAUGACAAAAAGCAUCGUACUCAGUCAUACAAUAGCACCUGCAUAAUUAAUUGAAAGAAAAAGACACCAGAGAAUGUGAACGAGAAAAAAAAUGAGAGAUUCGUGUGCUGUCGAGCCACAAGCUCCCGUGCCAUCCGUUAUGUAAAUUACACCAAUGUCAUAAACAAAUUAUCAUGUUGGAUC